GAAAAUAUUGGAGAAGAAAACGCCGACGCUCGCUCCAGCAGCUUUAACUCCUCGAUUUAUAGAAACGCGUUAUUGUGUCUGGCUCUGAAGAUUUAAAGCCCUGAGCUGUGUGAGGACAUGAAGACGGAGACAUCCACGGAUGGAGGGACGUCAGAAGUCCAUGUGAAGAAAGAGGAGACGCUGGAGCUGAAAAUCUACAACCAUGGAGAUGACCUUGACAAUCCACCUGACGGUUUUUCCAUUAAAGUGGAAGAUCCUGAGAAUAAAGACUACCUCUACUGUGAAGUUUGCAAAUCCUUCUUCUUCAACAAAUGUGAGGUUCAUGGCCUGCCCCGCUUCAUCCCAGACACUCCUGUUGCCAUGGGAGUCUCUGACCGAGCCAGACAAACUCUUCCUCCUGGGCUAGAAAUCCAGAAGUCCAGUAUUCCUGAUGCAGGCCUGGGCGUGUUUAAUAAGGGGGAGACUGUUCCAGUAGGUGCACACUUCGGACCCUAUCAGGGAGAGCUGGUAAACGGAGAGGAAGCCAGGAACAGUGGAGACUCCUUGGUUGUAUACAGGAGCAUGCAGUGUGAAGAAUACAUCGAUGCCAAAAGAGAGAUGCAUGUGAAUUGGAUGAGGUAUGUGAAUUGUGCCCGUAACAAGGAAGAACAGAAUCUUGCGGCAUUUCAGUAUCAAGGGGGAAUUCUGUAUCGUUGCUGUCGACCCAUUAACCCAGGACAGGAGCUCUUGGUGUGGUAUGAAGAGGAGUAUACUAAUGAACUCGGUCCUGCACCUACAGGAACGACCAGACAGCAAGAAGUAAAGAACGCUCUGCUGCAAGUCUUUUCCUGCUCCACAUGUCCUUGUCCUGAUGCAUCUCAAAUUUACCAAGACAAACACAUCCAGAGAUGCCACUACGAAGCAUAUGUGAGACUUCAGGAAUCAAGAGAGAUUAAAUAUGAACUUCAAAUCCCCUCCAAAUGCUCCAGUAGUGAGCCAACAUCAACUGAUGCUGUCAGUUCUGACACUUCUCACAGUGAUGUACAGAAAGGAAUUCACCACUGCUCAGACUGUGGAAAGAGUUGUAGUCAUCAGGAUGCACUCCAGACAAACCAGUGCAGUCAGACAGGGGGAACUCCACAUUACUGCUCACAGUGUGGAAAGAGUUGUACUUGUCAGAAUAAUCUCCAAAGACAUCAGCGCAUUCACACAGGAGAGAAAUCGUAUCACUGCUCACAGUGUGGGAAGAGUUUUACUCAGCAGAAGAAUCUCCAAACACACCAGCGCAUUCACACAGGAGAGAAGCCGUAUCACUGCUCACAGUGUGGGAAGAGUUUUACUCAUAAGAGGAAUCUCCGAACACACCAGCGCAUUCACACAGGAGAGAAGCCGUAUCACUGCUCACAGUGUGGAAAGAGUUUUACUCAGCAGAGUCAUCUCCAAAAACACCAGCGCAUUCACACAGGAGAAAAGCCAUAUCACUGCUCACAGUGUGGGAAGAGUUUUGCUUAUCAGAGUAAUCUCCAAACACACCAGCGCAUUCACGCAGGAGAGAAGCCGUAUCACUGCUCACAGUGUGGAAAGAGUUUUACUCAUCAGAGUGAUCAACAACACCAGUGCAUUCACACAGGAGAGAAGCCAUAUCACUGCUCACAGUGUAAGAAGAGUUUUACUCAGCAGAGUGAUCUCCAACGACACCAGCGCAUCCACACAGGAGAGAAGCCGUAUCACUGUUCUCAAUGUGAGAAAAGUUUUACUGAUCAGAGUUAUCUCCAAAAACACCAGCGCAUUCACACAGGAGAGAAGCCGUAUCGCUGCUCACAGUGUGGGAAGAGUUUUCUUCAGCACAGUGAUCUCCAACGACACCAGCGUAUUCACACAGGAGAGAAGCCAUAUCACUGCUCACAGUGUGGAAAGAGUUUUACUCAUCGGAGUAACCUCCGAACACACCAACGCAUUCACACAGGAGAGAAGCCGUAUCACUGCUUACAGUGUGGAAAGAAUUUUUCUCGUCAUAGUAGUCUCCAAAAACACCGGCGCAUUCACACAGGAGAGAAGCCGUAUCACUGCUCACAGUGUGGAAAGAGUUUUGCUUAUCAGAGUCAUCUCCAAGCACACCAGCGCAUUCACACAGGGGAGAAGCCAUUUCACUGCUCACAGUGUGGGAAGAGUUUUACUCAGCGGAGUCAUCUCCAAGCACACCAGCGCAUUCACACAGGAGAGAAGCCGCAUCACUGCUCACAGUGUGGGAAGAGUUUUAAUUAUCCAAGUAGUCUCCAAACACACCAGCGCAUUCACACAGGAGAGAAGCCGUAUCACUGCUCAGAGUGUGGAAAGAGUUUUCCUCGUCAGAGUGAGCUCCAAAAACACCAGCGCAUUCACACAGGAGAGAAGCCAUUUCACUGCUCACAGUGUGGGAGGAGUUUUACUCAGCGGAGUACUCUCCGAACACACCAGCGCAUUCACACAGGAGAGAAGCCGUAUCACUGCUCACAGUGUGGGAAGAGUUUUACUCAUCGGAGUGAGCUCCAGAAACACCACCGCAUUCAUACAGGAGAAAAGCCGUAUCACUGCUCAGAGUGUGGGAAGAGUUUUACUCAUCAGAGUGAGCUCCAGAAACACCAGUGCAUUCACACAGGAGAGAAGCCGUAUCACUGCUCACAGUGUGGGAAGAGUUUUACUCAUCAGAGUGAGCUCCAAAAACACCAGUGCAUUCACACAGGAGAGAAGCCGUAUCACUGCUCACAGUGUGGGAAGAGUUUUACUCAUCAGAGUGAGCUCCAAAAACACCAGUGCAUUCACACAGGAGAGAAGCCGUAUCACUGCUCACAGUGUGGGAAGAGUUUUACUCAUCAGAGUGAGCUCCAAAAACACCAGUGCAUUCACACAGGAGAGAAGCCGUAUCACUGCUCACAGUGUGGGAAGAGUUUUACUCAGCAGAGUGGUCUCCAACGACACCGGCGCAUUCACACAGGAGAGAAGCUGCAACAGUGAUCACAGUGUGGAAAGAUGUUUACUUAUUCAGUUACGUUUAAGACCUACAGGUGCGCUAAUUCAGAGACAGUGCAUGAUU